AUGAGUCGCUCUCGUUCGAGAUCGAGCGACCGCGAACGUAGCCGUCAUUCGCGUUCAAGCAGCACGUCGUCCAGCGAGUCAUCCGGUCGAUCGAGCUCCCGUUCUCCGUCGCCAGAUCCCCCAGAGGAAGGAGAGCUGGACCGUCAAGGACCCGUGCCAGGCUUGGACUACCAGUCCCCCUUAUUGGGGCUCCCCAGAAUACCUCGCAGGGAUGAAUUCGCUUCAGCACAAGAAGAAAUACCCGCCCCGCCUGCGGUGCCGCAGAGGACUCAGCGCAUCAGGAUAAGCCUCACUGAGGAGGCUAGGCGCCGAUUUGACCAAGUGGCGGCCGGGAUGCAGAUGUCAAGCAGUGAGCGGAUAGCCAUAUUGAAAGAUGUGCCGCUCGUCUCCUCACCGUUCGCAGAAGUAGCGAUGUUGGACGACCAACUCAGGGAGGUCGAGAGGUCCAUUCAGCUUCGGGAGGCAGACUUACGCGGUCUAAACGAAACCCUCAUCAACACCAUCAAUAUAAUCGAGCUGGUACGAAAGUUAGGAGCUGACGGAGCAGGAACAGAAUUCCAUCCUUCCGUCAUUGGAUAUUUCGACAUUGCUACCACCCUUCUUUCAGCCUCCUUGCGCGACAUCAUUGUCUUCAGGAGAGAAAGAGUGUUGAGGUCCCUCGGACUGGACCCUUAUAAGGCCAUGCCUUCCUAUAGAAGGCUUCCGCUUGCCGGGACCACAGUGGUACACCGCAUGUCCCAAGCAGUACAUCCGGAACUGUUCGGACGCGAAUUAAGGGACGAACUGGCCGCGGGGGAAAGUGCCUUGUUGAAGUCCGUGCAGAAAUUGCGUGCCCAAAGAUCACGAAGAAGAGACAGGCCUGAUACAAGGAAAAGAAGGUCGGUUUUCUUUGUUUCGCUCUAUCCCCCAAACAGUAAAAAAUUAGUAUUGGCCAAGAUUAGCUCCGACCGGAUUGCAGGUCGAUUGGCCGACUUUGCACAAAAUUGGGGAAAGGUGACCACUGACCCACAUGUGCUAGCUGCGGUGAAGGGUUACUCUCUGCCCUUCAUGGCGAAGCCCCGCACGCGCUUACCCUCAGACUGGAUGGCCGCACAGCAUUCACCCCCCAGCAUCGAUCCCGCGCUAAGUGAACUACUCACCAAGGGGGUAAUAUGUAAGGCUGCUCGCAACACACACGUGUGGCUGUCCAACAUGUUCGGAGUUCCGAAGAGGGAUGGGUCGACGAGACCGGUGAUAAACCUCAGAUUUCUGAACAAGUACCUUUGGAUCCCUCACUUCAAAAUGGAAGGACUGCAUCUCGUUGCGGAUGUGGUAUAUAGAGGGGAUUAUUGCGUCAAGAUUGACAUGAGUGACGCGUACUUCGCCGUCAAUAUUGAGGAAAGAUCUAGGCCUUACCUAGCCUUUCGGUGGAAGAAGGAUAUUUAUUACUUUACUUGCUUGCCCUUCGGCCUGGCUACAGCCCCGUAUAUCUAUACAAAGCUCAUGCGCGUAGUGGCUCAGCACCUGCGAUCUAAGGGCAUUAGACUGAUAAUGUACCUGGAUGACUGGGCUAUUUUUGUCGGCAGCAGACAGAAGUGCAUCCGGUACACGCGCUACGCCCUGAAGGUGUUUGCGAGGUUAGGAUUACGGGUCAAGUCUGUCCUUACACCAGGACAGAAACUGCAUUCUCUGGGCAUGGAUAUAGACACUGUAGCCAUGAGAUUUGCGUUACCCAGCGACAAAAUAGCCUGUAUUCAAGACGAAGCCAGAUCGUUGGCAGCGCAGGAGAAGGUGAAGGCUCGAGAUCUCUCUCAAUUUUUGGGAAGAAUAAAUUUCGCAGCGGUUGCUUCCCCGCUGGCCAUGCAUAUGGCGCGGAUUCUGCAACACGACUUGGCUGUAGUCGUAAACCCCCACGAUGACUCCACCUAUGAGGCGUUCUUGACCUUAUUUUCCCCUGACGUCAUCAUCACAACCGAUGCGUCAAAGUCAGGAUGGGGGGCGAUAUGCUGCGGACAGAAGACCGGAGGUCGCUGGUCUUCAGAAGAGGCGGAGGCGCAUAUAAACACGCUCGAGUUGCGAGCUGCCUACUUCGGUCUUCUGUCCUUUGCCAGGGAUUGGCACGAUGUUGACAUAUUGAUGGAAGUGGACAAUACCGCUGCUAUCGCUUAUAUCAAGAGACAGGGAGGCACAACUAACAUAGCUAUGACACUCAUAGCUAGAGAAAUGAGCAAGUGGGCGAUAGAACGUAACAUUCGUCUGUCAGCCACAUAUCGUCCGGGCACGCUAAAUAGUCUAGCCGAUCGGGAGUCUAGAGUUUUCCAUCAUGAAAACUCUGAGUGGUCCCUGGAUGCGGAUAUGGCCAAAACCCUGUUUAGAACAUUCGGGAGCACUGAAAGUCGAUGCUUUCGCUCAGAACUGGUCGGGGAUCUUCGGAUACGCUUUUCCGCCAUUCAACCUCAUCGGUGUGGUAAUACGAAAAGCGGUCGACGAAGGAGCAACCCUCCUUCUCGUAACUCCCCUCUGGAGAACUCAGCCCUGGUUCCCCAUAGCACUGAGACAUGCAAAGUCUCUACCAUGGUGCCUUGUGUCAGAAGCCCCAAUCAUCACAGACACAGUGGGGAGAUCGCACCCCCUCACUGCUCAAAAGAACUUCCACCUCUUAGCCUAGAGCAUCUCUCCCAGAUGUGGUCCGCUUCAGGGCUCCAACGCCAUGCAGUCGAUUUGCUCAUGGCCAGCUGGGCUCCCAAUACUCACAAGCAGUAUGAGUCCGCACUCAAGAAGUGGAAUUCCUAUCUGAAGCAUUCCGCGGUCUCGCCUCAGACUGCGACACCAACAUUGGUUUGCAAUUUUUUAGCGGAACAGCUGAGCUCGGGGCUGACGUAUGCAACGGUAGCCUCUUAUAAGGCCGCUGUAUGCACAGUUAGUGACCUGUGUUAUGGUUUCAACUGGUCCUCCGACCUGACCAUAUCACGCCUAAUGAAGGGAGGCUUUCGAUCUAAACCCCCUCGGCCACGCUACACCUCCACCUGGAGUGUAGACGAGGUGCUAAGGUAUAUCCACAAGCUAGGAUCAAACGAGACGCUCUCACUAAAAGACCUAACUCUCAAGUUGACUACUCUCCUAGCACUGUGUUCUCCAAAGAGAGUGUCGGAAAUAGCAUCGCUGUCCUUGGAGGCGAUGCAUAAACAGCCCAAUAGGUGGACCUUCUUUCUCGAUUACAGGAACAAGACGAGAAGAGCAGGGCCUCCGCAAACGGCCGUAUAUGAGAGCUAUUUCGCAGACAAGACACUGUGCCCGAUAUCUACUCUUAGUGAGUACAUUGAAAGGACCACAGUUUUGCGUCGGGGGGAACAACAGCUGUUGCUAUCCUACAUGUAUCCACACAAGCGUAUCAGUUCCGCAACUGUGGCAAGAUGGAUUAGAAUCUUCCUAGAUCAAGCCGGGGUAGAUACCACGUACUAUAAGGCUCAUUCCACGCGUUCGGCCAGCACUUCUAAAGCUCAGCUGAUGGGCGCCACUCUGCCCACUAUUAUGCGUGCGGCAUGCUGGGCUUCAGGAAGCACAACCUUCCAGAAGUUCUAUCACAGAGAAAUUUCGGAGCCCUCCUUUCAGGAGAUGAUUCUCCGAAGGUCGCACACACAGCCCAGCACAAGCAGAGCCGAAAACGCGUCGACAUCGUCGGUUCGCGAUAAAACGCAGGACAGACUGAGAGCCAAGAAAUUGUUCAAGAACGAGAAAAGAAAGGAGAAAUAG